AAGGUCCUGAUGAGGAGCAGAAGGAGGGAGAACAUGAGAAAGUCAGGACCGUGAGGGCCUUCAGGAGAUUGAAGUUCAAGGACUUCACUGUCUUCUAUCAGCCAGAAUACCCCAGGCUGUGGAGACUUCUGAGAUUCCAGUGGGAGUCUCCAUCUCCUCAGAGCAUGUUCUCAUCUAUUUCUCUCUGUCACCCUAGGACACAAGUGUCUGAAUUUGGGUAAUGGACAAUUGGGCUUGGGCUCCUUUGGGUCUCAUGGUUUCAUUUUCUUAUGGUACAUGUUUGCUGAUCACAUCUGAAAGACUCAUUAACUCAGAACCUGGAGAGGAACUUCUGCCAAAGGAUUGCAGUGGAAAAAAUGUUUUAGAUGUAGUGGACAUUCGUGAUACAUGGGAGGCACUGGAGAAGUGUAAAGACUUAGGUUUAACCAAGUCCAUUGGGGUGUCCAAUUUUAACCACAAACUUCUGGAAUUGAUUCUGAACAAACCAGGGCUAAAAUACAAGCCCACUUGCAAUCAGUCAUGAAUGACCCCAGACUACAAGAAAGUGAUUGAACAGCUCCCCAGAAAUUUUUCAUAUGCUAAAAUGUCAUUGGGUAGGAACAUCUGAGUCUCUACCUGCAAGGAUUUCCUAUGGUGUUUCAACGUGUGACAAGUGGAGGGACUGACUGUCUUUCAUUCCACAUUUAUUCAAGAAGUUUGUAUAAUAAACAGUUUUGGCAUAUAGAGACAGUAGCUCCCUGAAAGGAAAUAUGACGCAUGUCUAAGGAAAUAAACAGCCAACCUCCUUGUUAAAGAGGCAGUUAUCAUUAUUGUCCAUUGUCAACAAGAUGGGUUCCCAAUACUCAAAGUUUUGCUGUUUUUACUCAACCUACUGAAUGUUCAUAUGCCACUGAGUUGUUUCCCUUCAUGUUCUGGAAAUGACAAAUGCAGAAACCAAUGCAUAAGUGACCUUAGUCUGGCCACAGAUAUUGUCAUGAGUAACAAACUCUCACUUGUCCCCUAAUCCAAAAGAUUCAUCAGAGUUUCUACCACCUCAUACAAAACAUUGCAAGCUUGUUUAUUACUUUGCAAGUAAGAUUAAAAUCUCAGAUCUUCCAUAUUCUUGACAGGUAUUUGCAGAAAAUUCAGGAGGAGGUAGAAUGGAUAGUUGAGGUGGAGUGGGAAUAUUGGGUGCUAGUUAUUUCCUUCCUUUCUUAUUUCCUUCCUUCCUUUUCUAUUUGAAACAGGGUCUAUUUACAAAGCUGUGGCUGUCCUAGAACUCACUAAGUAGUUCUAGAACAUAGAGUUUGAGCCUGGACUCAAACUCACAGAAAUCUGUCUGUCUCUGUUUUCUGAGCACUAGGUUAAAGUUGUGAGAAAAUAUGCUCUAUUUUAUUUCUUUUAGCAAUAUUUUUAUCAUUGCUAUUGUAUAUGUUUAUCGGGUUAGGCAUAUAUAUAAUAUAUUAUAAUAUAAUAUAUAUAAUACUAAACCAGAUCUCUCUCUCUCUCUCUCUCU